AGAAAAAAAAUCCACUCGACAACAUUUUUUUUCUUUUUUUGUUUCCAUAAUACUAAGAGAGGAUGGAGAGUAAGAGCAAAAUGAAAUCCUCUCUUACACAACCAUUACUAGAGUUAGAGGCCAACAAUAAUGAAUCUUCACUUGAAGAAUCCAACACUUCUUUCUUGAAGACUGUUUUUAAUGGCAUCAACGUCAUACUAGGCAAUGGAGUUUUGAUAGUCGCCUAUGCAUUAGCUCAUGGAGGUUGGUUAAGCUUAAUCGUGCUUUUCGCCAUAGCCGGGGUAGCUACCUACACGAGCUUGCUACUAAAACGAUGCAUGGAAGUAGAUCCAAGUAUCAAAACUUAUUCACAGGUAGGUGAGUACGCUUUUGGAAAUGUUGGUAACAUAAUUGUAUCGAUUGUUCUUUACGGAGAUCUAUAUAUGGCUACAACAAGUUACUUAAUCUCGGAAGGAGAUAAUCUACACAAAUUAUUCCCGGAAUUUUCAAUUGGUGCAUUUGGAAUAACAAUCGAAGGCAAUUCAUGCUUCAUUAUAAUCAUCGCGCUCGUUCUUCUCCCAACAGUUUUAUUGGAUAGCCUAAGCAUUUUGGCUUACAUUUCUGCUGCCGGUGUUUUAGCUAGUCUUAUAAUACUCGGAUCAAUUUUAUGUGUUGGAGUUUUUGAUGGCAUUGAAUUCCCUCAAGUAGAAAAUCAAGUUCCCCUCUUCGAUUGGAAAGGAAUAACAACGGCGGCUAGCUUAUACAUGUUAUGUUAUAGUGGUCAAACAGUUUUUCCUGCAGUUUAUACCUCAAUGCAGAAAAAACAUCAUUUCUCCAAGGCUUUAUUCAUGAGCUUCGCAUUCUCAACCUUUAUCUAUGUCUCAAUGGCCGUGUUAGGAUGCUUGAUGUUUGGUUCAAGUGUCGAAUCACAAAUAACUUUGAACCUUCCAACGAGAAAACUGAGCUCUAAUGUUGCAAUUUACACUACAUUGAUCACUCCUUUGGUGAAAUAUGCACUAUUAUUGAAGCCUGUCGUAAUUUCGACUGAAGGUUGGUUUCCUAGGCGUUACCAAACUAGAUGGUUCAACUAUAUUGUUAGAUUGACCUUGGUUGCUACACAAGUAGUUAUAGCAUUGGCUUUUCCGUUCUUCGGCUACCUAUUGUCUCUCAUGGGAGCAUUGCUUUGCACCUCUGCAGCGCUUACAAUCCCAUGCUUAUGUUACUUGAAGAUUUCAAGCACCAAUUCUAAGCCGAGACCAGUUGAACGUAUCUUCAUAUGGGGCAUUGUGUGUAUAAGUUUAGUGUUAUUGAUAUCUGGUACAUACAUAUCACUGUUUGAUAUAUAUGUGGAAAUCACACAUUAAUCUUUUUAUUCUUUGCAAUUAGGAUUAAAUAUUUCAAUCAAAUAGAAUUUGAUAUAUAACAUAUAUCAUAUAUUAUUUGAAUGUUUCUAUAUAUCUAUGAUAUGAAACUUGACACG